GGGCAGAACAUGAGCAAAAGCUACACUCUGAAGCAGCCUGGAAGAAUAGCCUACGAUGCUGGUGUGAUCAAGAAGUUUUGGGAGGAAAAGAUCGAGCUGCACACAAAACAACUGCAGAGCGAGGACAUGAGGACCCGCAGGAGCGCCCUGGACAGGCUCCGCGGCGAGUGGGCUCGGAUGCUGGAGGGCAGGAACAAGAUGCUGCAGGGCCCCCCCCGAGGCCCCCACGCGGCCGUGCCUGCUGGGCCCCCAGCCUUCCCACGCACGAGACACGACGGCAGCCUGAGGCUGCGGGGCCUGAGCGCAAGCGGGAGUCGGAGGAGUUGCUCAUCCCCCGUCCCCGCGGCCACAGGUCCCAUCACGGCGUCAUCCUCCCCCCAGCACAUGGCAGCUAUGGCUGUGACCACCCUGGAGUCCUGGGGCAAGAAAACCGAGCACACAGCGGAGGCCAGGCCACCAGAGGACCUGGGCCACAUCAGCCGACGGGGACCCAGACUGCAGCCAGCACCCGUCCCGACGUCCCCACCCCAGGAGGAGGCCUGGCUCGUGCUCAGACCGGGACAAGACAGUGCAAAAGGACAAGACCAGGAGCUUGAACUUCAGCGGGUGGCCCGGGGUCAAGGCUCUCCCAUCCGGCACUCAGGCGACCUGUGCCCUUGA